AUGGCACCUUCUUCCAGGAGUUCCAACUCCGGCCAGGUCGUUGAGUACAUUCCAGCUAUGACACAGACCAAGCUAGGAGACUCGCCCUCUCCCGGCCGCUCUUUCACUACCCACGCCCUAUACCCAUCCUUAUUAUUCAACGCAGAAGCCUUUCCUGUCACAUUAUUAACAAUUGCAGACCGCCUAUACCUAGCAUCAUAUUUACAUCCCCCUAACGCCGAUACCGUCUUCCCUUACUCGGAACAGCCACAAUCUCGCUCGCCCGGGAAACGAUCACAAAGGGCGGUAGAUGGACCUGCGCCUGUCCCGUCCAAGGCUGACAGACACCCUCCCUAUUAUUUCACUGUCGAUGACAUGCUUCUCUACAACGCUUUUCAUCACGACUUUGGCCCGCUCCACAUUGGCCAUCUAUACCGAUUUGCUCUGUAUUUUCACGACAUUCUUGGCGCUAAGGAAAACCAGCACAGACCUAUUGUGUUUUGGAGUCGUGCGGAUCCUAGAAGUCGAGCAAAUGCAGCUUGUUUACUAGCUUGCUACAUGGUUUUGAUCCAGUCCUGGCCACCUCAUUUGGCCCUCGCACCGAUUGCGCAGGUCGAUCCACCCUUGAUGCCUUUCCGUGACGCUGGUUACAGCCAAGCAGACUACGGCAUCACUGUCCAGGAUAUUGUGUAUGGUGUUUGGAAAGCCAAGGAGGAAGGCUGCUGCGUCUUGGAUGACUUCGAGCUCGACGAGUAUGAGAAGUACGAACGGGUCGAGCACGGUGAUUUCAACUGGAUUACACCGCAUUUCUUAGCAUUCGCAUCACCACAAUCUACUCCCGCGACACGUAUUACAGAGUCUUCCGAAUUAUUUGCUACGCUACCAAAGACGCUCGCCGCAGUGGACGCCCACCCAACUCUUUCGCAACCCUUCAAGAACGUGUUGAAACACUUCUCUGAACGCAACAUUGGACUGGUUGUACGACUCAACUCUCCUCUAUACUCCCCCUCAUACUUCGAGGCUUUAGGAAUUCAACACCUGGAUAUGAUCUUCGAGGAUGGUACUUGCCCUCCUUUAAGCACUGUACGGAAAUUCAUCAAACUUGCGCACGAGACAAUCACUGUGAAGAAGAAGGGCAUUGCAGUACAUUGCAAAGCUGGUCUGGGAAGAACUGGGUGCUUGAUUGGAGCAUACCUUAUCUAUCGUCAUGGUUUCACUGCCAACGAGAUCAUCUCCUUCAUGCGGUUCAUGCGACCAGGCAUGGUCGUAGGCCCUCAGCAGCAUUGGCUACACAUGAACCAAGGCAUCUUCCGGGAAUGGUGGAUAGAGGAGAGGAUAGAGAGGAAGCUGAGGAAAGAGAUGGCAGCCAGCCUCAACCUCCCACCAAGCACACCUAUUCGUGCUAUGCAAAAGACAUCUCUCAACCGAAAUGCUCAGGCCUCAACCCCCCCUAGUAGGACUCCCUCCAACCGUACCCCGCUUGGCGAGGUGGACGAUGAACGCCGUAAUGCCGGUGUGCAGGAUGACUAUCUACCUGCCCCAACUCCAGGCCAACCUCGGAAGACUAGUCGCAUAGACCGCCACCAUCCCUACCAGCGUAACGCAAUGCAACAUCCCACAGUCGAGGAGGAGCAAGAAGCAUCUGAAAAGAAUGUUGAGGUCGUGGCCGUCCAGAGACGAUCCAACGAUGCUGAGUCAGAAGAAGAAUGGCUAAUGCGCACGCGCACACACCGAAAAGGGUCACCCAACCGCAACGAGAAGACUCGAUCCGUGAGCCAAACUACCACGACAACGAUCUACCAGGUCAUUGAUAACGACGCAUCGAACGACACGGAGAAUGUUGGCUGCGGCAAGCCAAAGACUGUCGCGGAUCACGUUACUGGAUCACCGACACGGUCAGCCAGCGCAUCUGGUGUCUUGACUAAGGUUAGAGGCAGCAAGAGGACCGCCGAGUCCCGCAACAAAGAAUCAUCUGGUGUACGAAAAACCAGUGGUCGGAUUGGUAGUGUCAGCACCAACUCUGGUACGAAUGCAACGGUACGUAAGGUUUCCGCGAUGUAG